GUGCGUGUUGGCUGGGGUAUUCGAAUAUCACGCUGGUGCAAGGACUCAGAACUUAGUUAUGUCGUUUGCGAAGAGAGCUUCCCAACAGAGGACUCGGUGACCUUGGUGAAAGAUGCUAUGAGAAGAGCGACGUCUAAUUGGAAGGGUAUUGGUGCUCGUUUUAAGCAAGUGGAGCGCCAUGAACCAGCCACGUUCGCCGUCAUUUACGACAACAGCCAAGAAGACAACACCUAUGCCUCCUCUUUCUUUCCCAAGGCUUCACCAGGCAAAUUGCUCAUAUGCCCAUUGAGCUUCUCUGAGGGUAAUGAAAAACACCUAGCAAAUAUCUUGACCCACGAAGUUGGUCAUAUUCUAGGCCUUCGACAUGAAGUUGCUCAUAUCAAGGAACCGCAUUUUCCUUCUGUUCUUUUUGGAAGCGAGGAUGCUCAGUCGGUUAUGAACUACAAGGAUCUGAGCGAACUGAAAGUUAGCGAACAAGACCUCGAAGGAUUGAAAGAGGUUUAU